GAAAAAUGAAGAUGGGACAUUUUGAAUUGGUCACCACGUUGCUGGCAGCCAUGGUUCUAAUGGACGUCUUCCAGGUGCAGGCGGAAGUGUUAGACAUGGCAGAGAAUGUGUUUGACGACGAAUAUUUGAAGUGCAAUAGCAGAAUGGAAAUGAAGUAUAUCCCUCGGAUGCACGGUGAGGAGUUGGCAAAUGACGAGCUCCUGCAGAGCGUGUGGGACAAGGCAGGGAUCCAGUGGGAGGCGCGGAAGGCUCAGCUCUCCCUCCCUAAGAACUUCAAGGAUGCCUAUGGAGUAGCUCUGACAGCUUACGUAACCGAGGCGCAGGACCAGACUGCCUUUUACCACACAUUCAACCGUGCUGUGAAGAUAGCCGGCCUGUCCCGAAGACGCUACAUCUAUAACUUUCCGUUCAAAGCGUUUCAUUUUUACCUGGUAAGAGCCCUGCAGCUGCUGAGACGACCUUGUGAGGAGAGUUACAAAAACGUGGUGUACAGCACGAGCCCCAACAUUUCAUUCGCUUUCGGAGAGCAAAACCAAGCCAGGCUGGGCAACUUCACGUUGGCGUAUUCAGCCAAACCCCAGACAGCUAACGAGCAACGGGUGCUAACCAUCCAGACCUGCUUUGGAGUUGCCGUGGGAAAGCUUCUUAAUAAAGAAAACGAGGGAAUUGUUCUAAUCCCUCUGAGUGAGGUUUUUCAAGUGUCGAGGAAAGAAACUGACGACGACCUCAUCCUUCACAGCAUAAACAGUACCUGCAGCUACUACGAGUGUUCAUUCCUCGGGGGUCUAAAAGCUGGUAGUUGUACCACAAACCCAGAAAAUCCUGACCCUGGAUAUCUCAACAACCCCGAUCUGGACAGUCAGAAGCUCGAAGACUCUGGUAGGAAAAGCCUUGACUCCGUGAAAAUGCCAGAAAUUAAAGUGCUACAAGGAGAGGAAAAUCCCCUCCUGCCAGAUGAAAAGCCUGAAGACAGAAAUCGAGGAAAGGCCAACGUUCCUACUCCAGGUCUGGUUCCGGUUCCAGGUCCGAAGUCCCAUCCUUCGGCAUCCUCUGGCCAUCGGCUCCUUCCGUCAGUCACAGCAUCCACCAUUUUACUCAUCGCUGCUGCUGUGGACUUCAUUGCUCUAUAGCUUGGAACUCUACCUUACUCUCUAUCUGAAAGAUGCUACGGGGAUCCCACAGGAGGUCCAGAGAAAAAGUUUUCCUUUGGACAGACUCACUGUGUAAAAGAACUGUAUAUUUGUGCCUUGUUCUGCAUUUAAAAAGCUGGUCCAGACAGUGUCAUAGAAUUAACUUUUCAUUUCUGUAUUAAUUUUAGGACUGUAAAAAUCCCAAAGCUGUAUACUUUGAUUGGAUUCAAUAAAAAGUUUAAGUUUACUAAA